AUGAAAGGAUCACAGCUGAGCAGUUUAUCAAAACUACAUUUUGUUGUAAUAUUUUGGAUAUCGACAAUGCAUUUGUGGUACCAUCCUGUUCUCUCUCUAACAAUCUCUGGAAAAUCUGACUACUGCCUCAUUUUGCUCAAUAGUUGCUUGGUGGAUCUCGAUCACAGCAAGGAGUUUGCUUUCCUUAAACCCUAUUUAGAAAAGUCUUUCAGGAAGAGAUCUUUCCGAAAUGGUGUGGGUUCAGGAAUUAAAAAAAAUUCCUUCAGAAGAGCAAAAUUAUAA